UUAUUUUUUAACAAACAAGAAUAAAUUCUUUAAAAAUUAUGGAUAUCCAUGAAAUUCAAAAUGUUAAAGAUAUAGAUCAGUUUGAAGAAGCAGCAACAACCGAAAAGAAAAAGAAAAAAAGAAAACCCAAAAAACAAAUCUCUACCUCAGAUUUGCCCCAAGAUGAAAAGUCAACUAUCUCAAAAAUCAAAGAAAUAAAUAUAUCUGAACCUCAACAUACCUCAAUAAUUGAAAAGGAUAACACUGAUGAAAAUGAUGAUGAGCCUAGUCAAGAAGUAGCUGUAUUGAAUGGGGAUGCAAAGAAAAAGAAAAAAAAGAAGAAUAAGAAAAAAAUUUCAGAUAUGGUUGAUUGUGAUAAUAUGGUCAAAAAAGAAAACAUACCACCUAGUAUACCUGUGCAAGAACAAUUUUCUAAUCAUAUAUAUCCUCAGGGGCAAAUUUUAGAAUAUUAUUUAAUAGAGCAGGAUGGUAAGACAGGCAAAUACAGGAUAAACAGUGAGGAAAUGAAGCAGCUUGAAAGUGGUGCACAUUUUGAGUAUUACAAUGAUAUAAGACAUGCUGCUGAAGUUCACAGACAAACGCGUAAAUAUGUUCAAUCAUAUAUAAGACCAGGAAUGACAAUGAUUGAAAUUUGUCAAAGGUUAGAGGAUACCGCCCGUCAUUUGAUUCAAGCUAAAGGACUCGAAGCGGGCCUGGCCUUUCCUACUGGCUGUUCGCUCAAUAACUGUGCCGCCCAUUAUACUCCCAAUGCUGGGGAUGCUACGGUUCUACAAUACGAUGAUGUGUGUAAAAUCGAUUUCGGGACUCAUAUAAAAGGUCGUAUAAUAGAUUGUGCUUGGACCGUUUCGUUUAACCCAAAAUACGAUAAAUUGGUAGAGGCUGUAAGAGAGGCCACAAAUACGGGAAUUAAGACCGCUGGUAUAGAUGUUAGACUCUGCGAUAUAGGUGAAGCCGUCCAGGAAGUUAUGGAAUCUUACGAAUUGGAGAUUAAUGGGCAUUCAUAUCCAAUAAAGGCUAUCAGAAACUUGAAUGGGCAUUCAAUAGGUCCUUAUUGCAUUCACGCGGGAAAAACAGUGCCUAUUGUGAAAGGUGGCGAUAACACACGGAUGGAAGAGAAUGAGCUAUACGCCAUUGAAACAUUUGGCAGCACGGGGAAGGGUCUCGUUCAUGAUGAUAUGGAGACUUCUCAUUACAUGAAGGAUUACGAUUCUGCAUUCGUUCCAAUUCGACUUAACAGUGCCAAAUCUCUACUAAACGUCAUUAAUCACAAUUUCGGUACUUUAGCCUUUUGCCGGCGAUGGUUAGAUCGCGUUGGACAAACAAAGUACAGCAUGGCUCUUAAGAACUUGUGCGAUUUAGGCGUCGUUACUCCUUACCCUCCGCUAUCCGAUAUCAAGGGAUGCUAUACCGCUCAAUUCGAACACACCAUUUUGCUUAGACCUACCUGUAAAGAGGUUCUGAGCCGAGGCGACGAUUAUUAAACAAACUCUCACCAACUUGGUAUUUACCAUUCUGCAUAAACUAAUAACUAAAAUUGAUUUUUGACCAAUUAUUUUUGAAAAAAAAAGUUUUAUUCUUUUUAAUACUAAAAAAGGAACAUGUGCAUUCUUAUUUUAUUCGUAUCGCGUAAAUUAGUUUAUUUUUCUAAUUAUUGGAUUGGAUUAUGAUUAUUUUUCACUUAAGAUUAUAUGAAUUAUCGAGGAUAAUAAUUAAAAAGAUCUAUCAAGCUCUUUCUAAAAAAAAUACCAUAUUCGUUUUGAUAUAAAAAAAAUAUCUAUAUUAUUACACGUUUUGAUGGUCAAAUAUCCAGACUAAAUUAUAUUAUUCGCAAAUUAUAAUAAUAAUAAAAAAUUUGAUAUGAUAUAUGCUAGAUUAUUUUUUUUCAUUAUUAUAUUUGUAAGAAUUAGCUCAGAAUUAAGAAUAUCAGAAGUAUUUUUUAUUAAAUCAAACAAAGAUAAAAUUCU